AUGGCGUACGAUCCCGAGAAAGGUCUUGCCGAGACCAAGUACCCCGAAGCAGAGCAAAGCUCGCUGGAUGUCGACAACGAUGCCGCCCUUUCGCACCAAACCGGCAUGAUGGCCAAGUGUCGGGCGCUGGAGGCCAGGAUGGACAAGAGACUUGGUAUCGAGUCGGAGGCUAUCGUUCGCAAGCGCCCAGAGGAUAAGAAAAAGGUGCAUUGGAUUGAGGAACUAUCAAUGGCGUUGCUCUGGGCUAGUGGUACAAUGAACACGUCUUGCUUUGCGACUGGUUUCCUUGGAUGGGAAUUUGGUCUCAGCUUGAAGCAGUCCAUUUUGAUCACCAUCUUUGCCUCGAUUCUGGCUGCGACGCUUAGCGGAUUCUGCGCUACUUUUGGAGCUGUGACUGGUCUGCGCCAGAUCAGUGUUAGUCGAUAUAGUUUUGGUUGGUGGCCCAACAAGCUCGUCGCUCUACUCAAUGCUAUUCAGCAGAUGGGAUGGGCUGCCGUCUCAUGCAUCACGGGCGGUCUUGCGCUCACUGCUGUUUCUGACGGCCAUGUCUCGUUGAUUCUCGGCAUCGUUAUCCUGGCUGUCGUGGCGCUGGUCAUCUCCUUCGUGGGAUUGAAGGCUAUUCUCUUCUACGAGAGAUGGGCCUGGAUCAUUUUCUUUGUGAUUUUCAUGAUCAUCUUCGGCCAGACUGGCAAGUAUGCGGAUAACGCGGCUCCGGCCACUGCCACCGGUGCCAAUUUUGCCGGUGCUGUUCUCAGCUUGAUCGCUAUUGUUUACGGAUCCAGCGCAUCGUGGUGCACUAUGGCAAGUGAUUACUAUGUUCACUAUCCUGCCGAUGUGAGUCGUGUCAAGGUCUUCCUCAUGACCACUUUCGGCAUUGCGAUUCCUACGUCGAUCGGUAUGGUGGCCGGUUGCGUUGUCGCCUCUGCUCUGAACAGCAAGCCCGAAUGGUCCAGCUCAUACGAGGAGGGAUUGGGCUAUCUUAUCCAAGAUAUGCUCUACCCCCGUGGAUUUGCCAAAUUCCUCCUCACCCUUCUUGUCCUGUCUGGAAUCAACGUCAACGUCAUCAGUAUUUACAGCUCCGCGAUCUCGUUCCAGCAACUUUCGCGCCCCUUUGCUCGGGUUCCUCGAUUCAUUUGGACUAUCUUCUGCUUCGUCUGCAUUCUCGCACUGGCCAUUGGCGGUCGGCAGAAGCUGAACACGUACCUGCAAGACUUCUUGAGCUUACUGGGAUAUUGGUGCACCAGCUACGCCGUGAUUCUGUUCGAGGAGCACUUUGUUUUCCGCAAGGGUAACUUUGAAAAUUAUGACUUGGAAGGAUGGAAUGACCCGGCACGACUCCCGAUGGGUAUCGGUGCAUCUGUGGCAUUUGCUCUCGGUGUCAUCGCAUGGGUUGUGGGAAUGGAUGAGACUUGGUUCAUUGGACCAUUGGCCAAGUUGAUUGGUGACUAUGGCGGUGAUGUUGCUAAUGAGUUUACAUUUGUGGUGACGGCACUGAGCUAUAUCCCGGCGAGAUACUUGGAGCUUAAGUACUUUGGAAAAUAA